GCGCUGGGCUUUUUGUUAUUCACCGUAUUAUGCGGAACGAUUGCACUAUGGGUAAUGUAGUCCUUCAGUCCGCCAUCUUUGUUUUAACUGAACGCAGAUGGCGGCUCUGAGAACUACAAUUACCAAGAGGCGGGGCGGAAAACUGAAACAAGACGGACGUAGGCGUUAGCUUUAAAGCAACACCACCAAGGUUGUUUAGGUACGUACCAAAAGAAAAACAGCGCGUAAGGUAGGUCCAGAAUAGUACUGUUUUUUAUCAGUGUUAAAGCUAAUUUAAGAACUGACGCCAUUUAUUCGUAAAGAAGUGCGAAAGUGAAGAAACAGCGAAGCUAGUCGGCUAAUCGCACAGUGUAGCAGGCUAGCGCUAGUUAGCUGUCAGGUAAGAGCACUCAUUACCGGCUUAUAACUAUUACAUUAUUAACGUCGAAUUAUUUCAGCAUUGUUAUUCCUAAAAACUCUAAUAUCGGCGUCGCUGUUGAGCAAGUUCGGUAAUUAAUCAUUUAUAGCUAAUUUUAGCUAUUCGAAAAAAAAAUGCGGAAAGUGUUUAAUAGCUCAUCGAACGCUAAAAUAAUGUCACAAAAGUUGAAUAAGAUAUCAACCAAAACAAAAAGUGAAGUCUAGCAAUUUAAAACAAGAACUUGCUGUGAAUUUAAACCUCAAACAGCUUUAGUAAAGUUACUUAGAAGUCGCUAUUCUCUGUUUGGAUUAUGAGUUGUUUUCCUACCCGUAUUACGUCCUGCGCUGUGAUUGGCUAAUAGCUCGUCCUCGCGGGAAGUGAAUACAACUAUCCAAUCAUAAUAGAGAACGUGGGAUCUCAGCAGCCAAUCGUGAAGCAGGGGGUGGGAUUUGUUGGAAUGUGGAUGGGGAAAAAAAGAACUAGCCAGCUAGUUAAGGUUUAAGCUGUCAUUUUACCUGUAUUUCCCCAGUGUGAAAGGUUUACCUGAUGCCUGAGGUUUUUACUCUUGACCGGACCUGGUGGUGAGCAGAAAGCAGCGCCCCGUCUCCGUCCUCCUCUCAUGUCCAUCCUCUGCAAGUCCCGGUCCAUCAGCCUCCCCUCUCCCUCUCCGUCCCCCUUCACACCCCCGCACCCUCCGUCUCUGUCCCCCUGAUGCGUAGGACCGAGAGUCAGCCUCAUGACUGCGUGGAUCAUUCUGCCCGUCAGCCUGGCCGCCUUCUCCAUCACCGGGAUAUGGAUAGUGUAUGCCAUGGCCGUGAUGAACCACCACGUUUGUCCCGUGGAGAACUGGUCCUACAACGAGACGUGUUCAGAGGAAAAGGCGGAACCGGGCUUCCCCAAAACCUGCUGCACCAUCCAGGACAUCCCACUCAUCAGUAAAUGCGGCUCGUUUCCUCCAGAGAGCUGUCUGUUCAGCCUCAUCGGCAAUGUGGGAGCGUUUAUGGUGGUGAUGGUGUGUCUGCUGCGCUACGCUCAGAUCAUCGAGCACAGUCAUCACUGUUGGACCAACACGAGCGGCCUGGUGUCCGGCUUCACCAACGCCGUGGGACUCGUCAUGGUGGGAAACUUCCAGGUGGACCACGCUAAGACUCUGCACUACGUGGGCGCGGGCGUGGCCUUUCCCGCCGGCAUGCUGUUUGUGUGUUUGCAGUGUGUGUUGACGUACCGCGUCGCCGUCACGCCUCUCGAUUACCUGAUGGCGCACGUGAGGGUGGCUCUCUCCAGCGGCUCUCUGAUCGCCCUCGUCCUCAGCGGCGCCUUCUUCAUCCACGAGAGCUUCGUCCUGCAGCACGCCGCCGCCAUCUGCGAGUGGGUCUUCACCGUCCUCAUCCUCAUCUUCUACGGCACGUUCACCUACGAGUUCGGCUCCGUCACCAGAGACACCCUGAUGGCCGGCCUGCAGAGGAACCUCCCCCUCGGGGGCGGAGCUUCCAGGGAGCUGAAGACUCCAGGCAGGAGCAGCACCACGUCUACACAGCUGAACUGCAUGCCGGAGAACAUAGCUAUGCUUUAACUAAACCACACACACACACACACACACACACACACACACACACACACACACACACACACUGCUGCCUUUAACUAAGUUCUCUAAGUCCCAGAAUUCCCCUGCACUGCACAGUUUAUUGGUAUCUUUGCUUUUUUUUUCCCUUCAAUAAAAACACCACAAAUAUUGACACUCGUGAUACUAACAAACAACGCUGGAAGCCCCGCCCCCUUCCUCGAUCUUAGUUAAUCGCACAUCUUGAAUAUUUCUUCCUUGACAGAUUAGCGGACACAGCGUUCUCGCUUUCUGUCACGGUUAGCUAGUGGGAACCGGCGAGAACAAAUUAGAGAGAAACUCAACGUAUGUCGUUAACAUUAGACGUGUAUAAAGUUAACAUCAGCUAACAACUUUUUUUUUUUUCGUUUAAAGAGAUGAACACUGCAUUUCAGCCACUGAAAAUUUUGAGCGGAACACUACAAGUGAAAUCUUUGACCACUUUUUGGCUGGAAAUUUUCGGUGGCUGGAUUUUCGGUGCGUUCCUAAUAAACAACAUAUUUAAAUAUAUAUAGCUACUUAUUUAAAUAUAUACUUAAUUAAAAGAAGGGCUAAAAAUUUUGACCCGCUGUUGGUCUCCAGCGUCGGUCAGCGCAUGUGGAACCAUUGCACGGUUUCUGCGAAGUACAUUAGACAAGCGAUCUGUAAAAGAACGAUAUCAAAAAAAAAUUACUGUACCAUUUUUUUUUAAACUGCAUUUGUUUUGUUUUUUUAAACUCUGCAAUUUUUGUAACUAAAAGUUAGUCAGUGAUGUCGCACCUCUUUAUUCUACACUUGUAGCUCUUUUACUACUAGAGUUUAUUAAUUAGAAAGUUGAACUACUGACUCUCCCACUGAAGGAGGUGUGGCUUUAAUCAGGCCACGCCCCUAACGUUUAUGGAUGCAGUUGAAUGUUCUGUAACUCGUAAACAGUGCAGUGCAGGCGAAAAUCCCUCCACACGUCCACUGUUCACGUGCGUCCUGCCGUUUUACACUCCUGAUUUGCCUUCACGCUCCACAGAGAGGAACGAUACACGAGUCCAAGAGGAAACAUGACUCAUGGUGCUUAGUUUAGCUGCUGUAGGGUUAGCGUGGUGGUGUUGUGCACACACACACACACACACACACACACACACACACACACACACACACACUGGGGUUUCGUAAGGAUUGUCUCUCAGUGCUUGGGUUGAAGUGUGUUUUCGUUCUUUAGUGGCCUGGAGCUGCUUGCUGCUGUACGUCCACCCGGCUGUUCGGGAAACGUUUGCACGUCACGCAUGAACGAUGUUAGGACGUUUUUUUUUGUUUGGUGCGCGGUCGCUGAACCGAUGCCGCCCGUGCACGCGCUUAGAAAUUUACAAACACAAUCUUGAAUUGAUAAUCAAGUAGUUGCACAUCCCGAUAAAAUCACUGAUCGUUAGGAAUCACUGCCUUAUCGAGAUAAUAUUCAUGCCUGGUUUUUAAUAUAUAUAUAUAUCUCAUAUGUUCUGUUAUCUUUAUGCCUGUGUGUUUGUUUGUUUGUUUUUUUUGUUAACAUAUCAGUUCUUUUUGGCAUCUCUGUAUUAUCAAUCACACGUAUCAUCUUUCACAUCCGUCCAUCAUAUCAAUUACCCAUGAGGCCACUUUCUGCAUUUUUCUGCUCAUUUACACACAGUUUCAUGCCAACGAGAAGCUCUAUGAUGAAUUUCAAACUUUGGCCAAUGCUUUUUAUAUUUUGGCCAAAAAUCAAACUUUUUUAAUUUUUUUUGUUACAUUAAAAAAAUUUUUUUUAACAUUUCGUGCCAUUGCCGUGUUCGUCGUGCGUUCAGUCUACCAAAGCUGUUGCCAUAACAACAUCGAACAAGAUUACGGCUAGCAGACGUCGACUGCACAGCCGUCCGUUUGGAACGACUCGGCGCGUGACUGAACUGUAAAUCCGUGUCUUGGCGUCCAGGCUGGAUCCUGGGAAUCCGUGUUUGAACACCGGGAAGCUGUUUGUGGCCUUAAUCUUCUGUUAGUGCCGCUUCCAAAGCCAAAGUGGGCUCGCUCCGUCGCGUUACGCCUCCUCGCUGUGCCUCGCCGUUUCGAUUCCGCACAAACGUUUGCUGGAUGAACGUUUGUUUGUAUUUGUCCACGCCGUCUCAAGAGUCUCUGAAGGAUUCCGCCGUCGGACCUCGUGUCCGCUGACGAGAUUCAGAGGAACUUGUUUCUGUUCUCGGCGUAGCGAGGAUCAUUUCUGAGAAGCAUCAGCUAGAGCUGGGCGAUGACGAUAAUCAACACUUUGAUCGAUAACAUUUCGUUUCUUCCCAAAACUGUUCGUCUCCGUUUGUCCAAUCAGAUGCAAGGCAGAGUUCUGACACUGGAGACUCCUUCCAUACAUGUUAGUCUCCUUACAGAAAACGUCACUAUGUCAGCGGUUACACUCGUUUGUUUACUCCGUUUACGUGAAGCGUCUGAUCGUACACGUCCCUGUGAUCGAGCUGUUACUAUAGAAACGAUAACAUAAACCUGAACUACUGUCAGAGCUGCUGUUAUAGAAAACUAAUCAACUCCUUCUGACCAAUCAGUUUUUCAUAUGUUGUUGAACAAAUACAGUAGAGACUCGAUCCAGACUCGAUCCAUAUGAACGUCUCCAUGCUAAACGAAUUUUAUGAUACACAUAGUGGAGAUUUCCGAACUGGAAGCUGCUUGUUGCUCAAUCGUGUGCACGUUAAACGAACCAAAACAAGUUUUAUUUCCUUGAGAACGCCAAAAAUAGCACAAGCGACGAAAUCAGGUGUGUGCGCUACGAUUUUGUGACCUCGAUUUUGUAUCGACGAGAACAGCUUCGCAGAACGGAAAGGUGGUUUUCAGUCGUUUGUAUGGAAGGACGUGUCCGGCGCGCGUCCGCAGCAUUUACAACCGAACCGAAUGUUGCCAUACGGUAAAGCGAUCUGUAUUUGCUCUUCCGUUUGAGUUCACACUAAACAAAACCUCGCUGCUCUCACUGCUGUCCAUCCAGACGCUGUACGACUUCCAUCACUGUAUGAAGUGCAUCACUGCUGACUGCACUGAUCUGUGUGACCGUUCCAGGGUUGUUGGUUUGCGUUUAAAUGUUUCACUUUUUUUUUU